AUGGCAGAUGAAAUUACCAAUGAGAUUGAAGGGGAGAUUGAGGAACUGCAGGAUGUGUUAAAAGAUGAACUUAGGAAGCAACGAGAGCUUGCUGAUGUAGAGGAAGGACUGCUUGAGCAGACAUUUACGCUGGAGAAGACAACUGAACAGCACAGAGAAGUAGCAUCUGCAACCAAAGCAAAGAUGUUUUGGAAAAACUUCAAGUAUUUGAUUGCAGGGAUAAUUGCAGGUGGAUUCCUUCUGAUUUAUUUGAUUUCUUUCAUUCUGUAG